UCUGUUCUUCAACUCGUUCUUGCGGAGAAACCCAGUUCAUAUUUUCGUGUGUACUUUAAGCUCAAGAACUCAAAUUUUGGGAUUUCUUUGAUUCUUAUUUGGAAAACAACAAAGUAAACAGAUUGACAUCACCUGUGUGCUGGUGGGUUUUGAUUGUUUUUGAAGUUGUAAACCUCUUUCAAUGGAGGGUGAUCACUACAGAGCAAGUAAUAGUUUACGAAGAGGAAGCUCUUCUGUGUGGAGAAACAAUGGAUUGGAUGUUUUUUCAAGAUCUUCACGAGAAGAAGACGAUGAGGAGGCUCUAAAAUGGGCUGCACUUGAGAAAUUACCUACCUAUGAUCGUCUGAGGAAAGGUAUAUUGGUUAGUGUAUCCAAAGGUGGAGCUAAUGAGAUCGAUGUAGACAACCUUGGAUUUCAAGAAAGGAAAACUUUGUUAGAGAGGUUGGUCAAAGUUGCAGAAGAGGAUAAUGAGAAGUUCUUGUUGAAGCUUAAGAACCGUAUUGACAGGGUUGGAAUUGAAGUUCCAACAAUUGAAGUCCGGUAUGAGCAUCUAAAUGUUGAAGCAGAAGCUUUGGUAGGAAGUAAUGCUUUGCCUUCGUUCCUUAACUUCUCGUUUAGUCUUGUAGAGGGUUUGUUCCGUUAUAUCCUUCCAAAUAGAAAGAGACCAUUGACCAUCCUGAAGGAUGUUAGUGGAGUCAUCAAGCCAUCAAGAAUGACUUUGCUUUUGGGUCCUCCAAGCUCUGGAAAGACCUCUCUCUUGUUGGCACUGGCUGGGAAGCUUGAUCCGAGUCUAAAGGUUUCUGGUACUGUGACUUACAAUGGCCAUUCAUUGAAUGAGUUCAUACCCCAGAGAACAGCUGCCUAUAUCAGUCAACAUGAUCUCCAUAUAGGAGAAAUGACUGUAAGGGAGACCUUGGCAUUUUCAGCCAGAUGCCAAGGAGUUGGAACCCAACAUGAAAUGUUAGCAGAAUUGUCUAGAAGAGAAAAAGCAGCAAACAUUAAGCCUGAUCCCGAUCUUGACGUCUUUAUGAAGGCAGCAGCAACAGAAGGUCAGGAGACCAGUGUCGUCACAGAUUAUGUUUUAAAGAUAUUAGGAUUGGAUAUCUGUGCCGAUACUCUGGUAGGAAAUGAAAUGAUAAGGGGUAUCUCUGGAGGACAAAGGAAGCGUGUUACAACAGGUGAAAUGCUGGUUGGACCAGCUAAGGCAUUGUUCAUGGAUGAGAUUUCUACUGGCUUGGACAGCUCAACAACUUUCUCAAUUGUUAAUUCACUAAAGCAAUCCAUCCACAUUCUAAAUGGAACUGCUGUCAUAUCCCUCCUUCAGCCAGCACCAGAGACUUAUAACCUCUUCGAUGAUAUUAUUCUGAUCUCAGAUGGCCAGAUUGUGUAUCAGGGUCCUCGAGAGAAUGUGCUUGAGUUUUUUGAAUAUAUGGGCUUCAAGUGUCCUGAAAGAAAAGGAGUUGCUGACUUCUUGCAAGAGGUGACAUCAAAGAAAGAUCAGCAGCAGUACUGGGCACGCAAAGAUCAACCUUACAGGUUUGUCACGGUGAACGAAUUUGCUGAGGCAUUCCAAUCAUAUGAAGUGGGAAGAAAAAUUGCAGAAGAUCUUUCAGUUCCAUUUGAUAGGACCAAGAACCACCCAGCUGCUUUGACAACCAAACCCUACGGUGUUGGAAAGAUGGAGCUGAUUAAAGCAAACUUCUCAAGAGAAUACUUGCUUAUGAAAAGGAAUUCGUUUGUGUAUGUCUUCAAACUCACACAACUUAUAGUGAUGGCAAUCAUUGGUAUGACACUCUUCUUUAGGACCGAGAUGAAACAUGAUAGUUUUGAAGAUGCAGGAGUUUAUGCGGGUGCUUUGUUCUUCACCCUGAUCACGAUCAUGUUUAAUGGUAUGGCAGAGCUAUCCAUGACCAUUGCUAAGCUUCCUGUAUUCUACAAGCAAAGGAACCUCCUAUUCUUUCCUGCAUGGUCAUAUGCAAUUCCUUCAUGGAUCCUUAAAAUUCCUGUCACAUUUUUGGAAGUUGGUGUUUGGGUGUUCAUCACUUAUUACGUCAUUGGAUUUGAUCCUAAUGUUGGAAGGCUAUUUAAGCAGUAUAUGCUGCUUUUACUUGUGAACCAGAUGGCCUCUGGUCUUUUCCGGUUUAUUGCUUCAGUUGGAAGAAACAUGAUUGUUGCUAAUACAUUUGGUUCAUUUGCACUCCUUACACUUUUUGCAUUGGGUGGCUUUGUCCUCAAACGAUCGGACAUAAAGAAAUGGUGGAUCUGGGGUUACUGGGUAUCCCCACUGAUGUAUGGGCAGAAUGCAAUUGUUGCUAACGAGUUUCUUGGGAACAGUUGGAAUCAUAUUCCAGCAAACUCAACCUCAACAGAUUCUCUAGGAGUUCAAUUUUUGAAAACUAACGGGUUCUUCCCGCAUGCAUAUUGGUAUUGGUUAGGAGUAGGGGCAUCAGCUGGAUAUAUACUAGUCUUCAAUUUACUCUAUACUGUGGCUCUUACUUUCUUAGACCAAUUUGAGAAGCCUCAGGCUGUUAUAUCUGAUGAGCCUGAAGAAAGUAACAGAAGUGGAGGAGCCAUUCAGUUAUCACAAGCUGAAAGCAGUCACAGAACCCAGACAGAGAGUGGGACAAGUGGAAUUGAUGAAUCAAACCAUAACAAGAAAAAAGGAAUGGUUCUUCCAUUUGAACCACAUUCUAUCACUUUUGAUAAUGUUAUAUACUCUGUCGAUAUGCCCCAGGAAAUGAAAAGUCAGGGAGUUGUUGAGGACAAGUUGGUGCUUUUGAAGGGCGUGAGUGGUGCUUUCAGGCCAGGUGUUCUCACAGCCUUAAUGGGUGUUAGUGGUGCUGGUAAAACCACUCUGAUGGACGUGCUGGCUGGCAGAAAAACUGGCGGAUAUAUCGAGGGGGAUAUCAGAAUUUCUGGUUAUCCCAAGAAGCAAGAAACCUUUGCUAGAAUUUCAGGAUACUGUGAGCAAAAUGACAUCCACUCUCCGUAUGUUACUGUCUAUGAAUCCUUAGUCUACUCUGCUUGGCUUCGUCUACCCCCUGAUGUCGACUCUGAAACCAGAAGGAUGUUCGUUGAAGAAGUCAUGGAGCUUGUGGAGCUGAAUCCAUUGAGGCAAGCACUCGUUGGGUUGCCUGGUGUGAAUGGUUUGUCUACUGAGCAGCGAAAGCGGCUAACCAUUGCAGUUGAGCUAGUGGCAAACCCCUCUAUAAUAUUCAUGGAUGAGCCAACUUCAGGGCUAGAUGCAAGAGCUGCUGCAAUUGUAAUGAGAACAGUUAGGAACACUGUGGACACAGGAAGAACUGUUGUGUGCACAAUCCAUCAGCCAAGCAUUGACAUAUUUGAAGCUUUUGAUGAGUUAUUCUUGAUGAAGAGAGGAGGAGAAGAGAUAUAUGUCGGGCCAUUGGGUCGCCAUUCCUGUCAUCUGAUUAAAUAUUUUGAGGGAAUUGGAGGAGUCAGUAAAAUUACAGAUGGUUACAAUCCAGCAACUUGGAUGUUGGAAGUUUCCAGCUCUGCACAAGAGUUAACUUUGGGGGUUGAUUUUGCAAACGUUUACAGGAAUUCAGAUCUUUACAGGAGAAACAAAGCAAUGAUUCAGGAAUUAAGCAAGCCUGCUCCUGGUACAGAGGAUCUCUAUUUCCCUACACAAUACUCGCAACCCUUUUUGACCCAAUGUAUGGCUUGCUUAUGGAAGCAGUCAUGGUCAUAUUGGAGGAAUCCACCAUAUACAGGCGUAAGAUUUUGGUUCACGACCUUUAUUGCCUUGAUGUUUGGGACGAUUUUCUGGGACCUUGGCUCCAAAAUGGAAAAGGAAGGAGAUCUUACCAAUGCAAUGGGUUCAAUGUAUGCAGCUGUUCUUUUCCUUGGGGUGCAAAAUUCAUCAUCUGUACAGCCGGUAGUUGCUGUUGAAAGAACCGUCUUUUAUAGAGAGAAAGCUGCCGGAAUGUAUUCUGCCAUGCCCUAUGCAUAUGCACAGGCCUUGAUUGAGCUUCCCUAUAUUUUUGCUCAAGCUGGAGUCUACAGUCUUAUAACAUAUGCAAUGAUUGGGUUUGAAUGGACUGCUGCCAAGUUCUUCUGGUAUCUAUUCUUCUUGUACUUCACAUUAUUAUACUUCACCUUCUAUGGAAUGAUGACUGUCGCCGUGACGCCAAACCACCACAUUGCAUCCAUAGUAUCAUCAGCAUUCUACUCAAUAUGGAAUCUAUUUUCAGGAUUCAUUGUUCCAAGGCCUAAAAUGCCUGUGUGGUGGAGAUGGUACUACUGGGGAUGUCCAAUAUCAUGGACCUUGUAUGGAUUAUUUGCAUCCCAGUUUGCUGAUAUAACAAAACCACUGGGGACUACUGGUAAAACAGUGGAGGAAUAUGUAAAUGAAACUUAUGGUAUUAAGCAUGAUUUUCUAGGAGCAUCUGCUGGUGUUAUUUUUGGAAUCGCCUUGCUCUUUGCAGUCAUUUUUGCCGUUUCCAUCAAGGCCUUCAAUUUCCAGAGGCGGUAGAGAAAUUUGCUUUGCCUUGUUCUGCUCUCCUCUGCUUUUCUUUAACUUAGGCUAUUUAUUACAAAGGUUUUGUUUUGUUUUUUUUUUUUUUCUUUAAAGUGUCAACAAAAUGAGGAAGUAGAUAAGAAUAAACUUGUCCAAUUUCCUGUAUAUUUUUCUUAUUUUAUUCUUAAAAUCUAAUGUAAUAGUUGCAACUUUGUAAGCUUCAGCUACUUGCACACAACUAGAAGCUGCAGAGUUUCUGUAUGUUUGUAAGUGCAAUAUCUAUUAAAUUACAAAUUCUUUUUUACUUA